GCAGUGCAUUGUCAGUGCAGCAAAGCACGCCACGCGCCCCCUCAUUACACUGCCACAAUCAAAUGUCGUCACUGCCCAAGCAUUUUACGUGACUGGUCAGACAGCGCUGAAAUCCGGCACGUUCAAAUCAUGAUGUACGGUUUCACUACGGGCUUGUGCCUAGCGAAGGAACGCGCGAUAGACUCAUGCGCUUCAAUCAAAGGCGUGGCGGCAGUCUGGCAUCGUUUUCAUUUAUCUACUGCCCUCCGCGCAUGCGCUAUGCAUGCGGUGGGCCACAAACAUAUGCCGUACGCUGUUCGAUGCGAUGACGACACACACAGCCUGCCUCAUAUUACAAAGGCUUCGAAGCGGAUGCGUUACAAGGAACGUCGCAGCGUGGGCAGCCGGUGGCCGCAGUUAUCAAUUCUAGCCGGUAAUUGCAGAAAGUUUUCAGGCCACCAUGGACUCCGGUGGUAGCUCCUGCACCUGCAAGACCUGCGACGACUGCCUGAAGAGGUUACGUGAUGGUUCGUCUUCGCAGGCGGCAAGCACGAAGCGACCGGAACUGCAGGAAGCGGAACAGUCAACGCGCGAGGAAGGCAUGGACACAGCCUCCGAUGUCCGCGAAGCUGAGGAAGCGCAACGCCGUCCGAGUACCACAAGUACGUCCACCGAUAGCAGUGCGUCUUCCUUCAGUAGCCCGUCGACGGAGACAACUGCGUUGACUCUCUCUAUCGAAAGUCGCCAGCUGAGUUCUUCCUCGGAAAAGGCGGCGAGCAAAAGCGCGACAACUGGGGCGCUUGCCGGCACGCAUCCUCGUCUGUCCUCGGCAACACUGUCUUCUGGAAGCAUGGCGGAAUAUUCGGCCGAUGACGAAAUGAGCGUCAGCUCUAGGACCUCUGCACUAGCAGAGUCAUUGUCACUUGGGCCAUUUUCUCAAGGCACGGUGGCCAGUGGAAGUCUCCGCUCGUCUUCAUCGGGAACAGGUGCCGCUGCUAUGGCUCCUCCAGCUGAAGGAGCGGAAGCACUCGGGACACUUUCAGAGGUGACGUUUCCGUCAGCAAGUCCGGAUGACUGCUUCCUGCCGCCGGAAGCGACGACCCUAAGCCAAACUGCGCCUGCCCUAGCGGAGACGAACCCCGACCAAUCGGAGGCGACGCAACCACCCACGAGCGAGGAACCGCAAUCCCCGAUGGACGUCAGCGGAAGUGAAGGGACGACGUCCGCUGGGUUCAGCUUUGGCCACAAGGUCUCUUCGGGACUGCCAUUGACGGGAACGUCCGUAGAGUCGUACGCGCAGAGCACAGUCAGUGCGACUGGAAUGUCCGUUGGAUCUGAUGAAACUGUCGCCGACGCCACCGACGCGAAUGUUUCCUCGGCCAUCUUCGACGAACCUUCUGUGAUGGAUGAAAGCGCAAGCGCAGGACGUGAUCCAGCAAAGCCGGCCCCGGCAAAACUGCCCAGCCCGCAACGCCGUCCUCACGUCAAGGAUCUCGAUCACAUGCGUGACGAGGACCGGUGAACGGUGAGUCUCGAGAGUGAACGUUUCCGGCAUCCGCUCUUUCAGGAUCAGUAGGACAGCCUUCCGGCGCCACCUCGCAGAUGAGUUCGUCAUCCGUGUAGCAAGCGUGAACUUCGUUGAUUCAACCGGCUACAAUUUUUGUUUGUUUUCCAUAUCUUCCAAGGUUUUAUAUGAAUAAAUCACUUGCCAUGUCGCCGCGAUGCACACAUGCUAUUUCUCUUUUUA